AUUGUGAGGGAGAAAAAUAUACAAAAGAGUAGAGAGAUCUAGGAGAGAAAAGACAGAAUUGAGAAGGCCGCAUCCACCGGCUCUUGGCCGAACUGCUGCAGCUUCUCUCCUAUACCGCAUCAAUUGGCACCGAGCGCCCCCCUCGAUCACCCCGGGCCGCGGCCCUCCCUCCCGGGUGGGAGUCGGUUUUCUUUCCAAACAGGGAAAAGUGUUCCACGAAGCGGUAGCGCCUUGCCGCCUCGCCUUCUCCUCCCUGACCCGGGGCCCAGCCCCCGUCCGGGCGCCAGCUGGUGGAGCCAGGGCUAGAAGCCUUCCGUGCCCCGGGAGCGCAGAGCGCAAGGGACCCGGGCGCGGGGCCGGCGCCCGCACAUGGCUGCAGCCCCCCGCGCGCACCCCGAGGCGCCGCGCCCUGCUAGCAGAAGGUCCGUCGGCUGCGCUCGGUCUCCCUGCAGCCGGGCAGCGCUGAGCCGGGAAGCGCCCGUGUCCGGGGAUCGGGAUGUCCCUCUUCUUCCUCUGGCUAGUAUCCUAUUAUGUUGGAACGUUGGGGACUCACACUGAGAUCAAGAGAGUGGCGGAGGAAAAGGUUACCUUGCCCUGUCACCAUCAACUGGGGCUUCCAGAGAAAGACACCCUGGACAUUGAAUGGCUGCUCACGGAUAAUGAAGGGAACCAGAAAGUGGUUAUUACUUACUCCAGUCGUCAUGUCUACAAUAACUUGACUGAAGAACAAAAGGGCCGAGUGGCCUUUGCUUCCAACUUCCUGGCAGGAGAUGCCUCCCUGCAAAUUGAACCUCUGAAGCCAAGCGACGAAGGCCGAUACACCUGCAAGGUGAAGAACUCAGGACGCUAUGUUUGGAGCCAUGUCAUCCUCAAAGUCCUAGUGAAACCCUCCAAGCCCAAGUGUGAGCUGGAAGGAGAGCUGACGGAGGGCAGCGACCUGAUGUUGCAGUGUGAGUCUGCCUCUGGAACGAAGCCCAUUGUGUAUUAUUGGCAGCGCAUCCGGGAGAAGGAGGGAGAGGAUGAGCACCUGCCGCCCAGAUCCAGAAUUGAUUACAACAACCCUGGCCGGGUGCUGCUGCAGAAUCUCACCAUGGACUCCUCUGGGCUCUACCAGUGCACAGCGGGCAACGAGGCUGGAAAGGAGAGCUGUGUGGUACGAGUGACGGUACAGUAUGUGCAAAGCAUCGGCAUGGUGGCAGGAGCAGUGACCGGCAUAGUGGCUGGGGCCCUGCUCAUUUUCCUCCUGAUAUGGCUGCUAAUCCGAAGGAAAAGCAAAGAGAGAUAUGAGGAAGAGGAGAGACCUAACGAGAUUCGAGAAGAUGCGGAAGCCCCCAGGGCCCGCCUCGUGAAGCCUAGCUCCUCUUCCUCAGGCUCCAGGAGCUCACGCUCUGGCUCUUCCUCCACCCGCUCCACAGGGAACAGUGCCUCGAGAAGCCAGAGGACACUGUCCAGUGAAGCGGCCCCCCAGCCGGGGGUUGCCACUCAGGCGUACAGCCUAAUAGGACCAGAAGCAAGAGGUUCUGAACCAAAGAAAGCGCACCACACGACCCUGACCAAAGCAGAAACCACACUCAGCACAAUCCCCAGCCAGAGCAAAGCCUUCCAGACUGUCUGAAUCACAGUGGACUUGACUUGCACUCUUCCAGAAGUCAGGAUCCUAGCCUAGCCACCAGAGCUCUGUUCACCAGCCACACAAGCCCCUCAGCCAGAUGAGAACUCACUUAAGUAGCUGCCAUCAUGGCACGGACCAGUUCCGACGAGCACCUUCCUUACAGGACACCAAACAAAGGACAUGGAUAGGCUGGUCAUUUCUAGAAAGGCACCUCACUGUGCCUUCAGAGUAGAAGUGGAGGCAAGGGGGGCCCAAACCAACUUUGCUGACCAGGACUUGUGGUGAAAAUAAAGGAGAGGUGAGGUUGCGUACACCUGAUCCAUCCUACCUAGGAAUGUUGCGAGUCACCACAGUCAAGAAGAAAUGGGAAUCUCAUAGAUCAAUUUUCUAUUCAUUUCUGCAAAUUGAUUGGAUUAUCGUGACUAUUCAGAUAGUCAAAACAGAAACCCACAGCCUUAUAUUAACACCUCUCUGCAACAUGUACUGGGACAAACGCUUCUAAGAAACUCACAUUAAAAAAAGAAGGAAACACUGUUUUUUCCCUACUUUGACUUGACGUCAUGUAUCCUAAGGUUUGAACAUUAAUUUGGGGAGGAUUUGAAAUAGCAGGAGACAGAGAAACGUGAUUUUCUCUUUCCUUAUCUACAACGAACCUUCCGAUUUCUAUGGAACCCUAGAAUAAUAACUAAGAAAAGAGUCCAACCUAGAUGGGACAUGAUUUUGUGAAGAACUUUCCAUUUUGAUGUUCAGAGGAUUGCCAACAGAGAUCAAAAAUAAAUCCUGGGGCAGUUGCGGGUCAUGACUCAAAUCUGACGCCCCCUAAAGACUUCUUUACUAGAUGUUUCUAGAAGAAACGAGUAUUUGCUACAGGUCACUUAAUGAAUGUCCUUAGGGAAGGAAUCCUCUAGAGAAAGUCUCUUAGGGAAGUUGGAAGGUCCCCUUUGCAUACCAUUUCCUGCUCCUCUUGCUGAGAAGCCGUGAAACCAGAAUUUCAAGACUGAUUGGAAUAGAGAGGGAAAUUAGACCUUUCCCUUAAUAGGUCAAAGGACAUUUAAUACUGGCCCAAACUUGGAGAUUCCUCUGUUUCUUUCCUUUUAGAAGGAUGUGGAUGUGGGACCUUUGAAGAUUCUAGGCCUUAAAUUUUCAAAGAUCAUUUCCUAAAGGCAUUGAAAAUACAUGCCCCAUCACUCCCCACUAAGAGGCUGAACCAGAGAGAACCUCAGCGUCUCUCUCUCAGUCUUCGCCUCCAAGAAAAGUGUAGCUGUGGGCUGGAAGGCACACAGACUACCAUUAGGGAGCAGGUGGUGAGAAAAACAAGUGGGUGGCGGGAGAGGGUUCAGCUAAUGUGUGUGUGUGUGUGUGUGUGUGUGUGUGUGUGUGUGAGUGUGUGUGUGUGGUUGGCAUUUGGGAAAGAAUUAGCAAAAAGGAUUCACCAGCAAAACUAUCAAAACAACUCAUACAAGGGAAAAGAAAGGUGUCCAAGAAAUUUAAAAAGAAAAAGGAAAAAAAAAAGCCGUCUUUCCUCGAUAAGGAUAAGUAACUUGCCUUUUAGACAGUUGUGACAAAUAGGGUUCCUAUGGCCUAGUUGCUAAGCCUGAAUUAGCCGUUCAAGGAACAAGGCAAAGUCAGCAGGUCAUGGUGGGUGGAGCACAGCAUUUCCUAUUGUUGACCAGGGCAAAGAAAGGCUGGAGGAAAGAGGAAGCGGCCGCAGCUACUGUGAUGAAGCGUUCUCUGAAGUGGUACUCAGACGGUGACAGGGAAAAGGUUGAUGCUCAAUAUUGCCCCAUUUCUCUGGCUUUUUAUCCCGACGUUUAACGUGCAGAAGAGUGUCCUCACAGAAUAUACAUACAUUUCCUUCUAAAGUGCCUGGGAAAUGAUGCUUGUGUUAAGGUGUCUAGGUUCGUUUGGGUGGGCUUCCUGCAUGCUAAAGUGACGGUCCUCACCUGAGUUUUGUCUUCCUUUGAAAGAGGUACAGAUAAGAGACAUUGGGGGAAUAACAGGGAUGCCUGUUCAUUUGAGAGAAUAGGCAUAUUUGAAAUGCUCCUUAUACUAACUCUUAUCUCAUUGUAAGAUAUUUUUUUUUAAAGCCCUUUACUCUGACUACAUUUUUAUUCCUCCUGGAGGAUGGUAUCCAGGCAACAUGUCUCUUCUGCUAUGUAAUUCUGAGAAUUCGCCUUCCUGGAGUCCCUGAGCCAAAUGAGCUCACAAUGAAGGCUGCAGCUGGGCCUCACUAGCAAUUUUCUCACUGUUUCCUGCCUUUGAGAAUCAGGUUUCCUGUCAGUGCUUCCAGAGCAGGGAUCAGUCCCCUUUGUCUGAAAAGGAAAUCCUGAUUAUUUAAAUGUGUUAUUGGAGACUAAUACCAUUGAAUACCCAAGUGACUUUGGAAAUUCAUUCCCGGUGGAAAACUACAAUAAACACACGAAACAGAUUGUACUAGGGGCUGAGAAAUUCUGAGAGAUAUGGCACUGACCCCUUCCCUUAGAAUCAGGCUUCCAGGUUUCGGUAAGACAGAGUGUGGGCUGGGGACAAAGUGAGAGCCGUGACUGACUCCAAACCUUAUUCCAUUGACUUUGCCAACCAAGCUGACUGAGUCUCUACUGUGAAACAGAGAAAAAAAAUUACUGAUGGACAGAAGCCAAAAUAAAAGUUUGUAGGAAGAAAAUGCAGAUGGAAGAAAGUGGACAUUUAAAGAGUAACCGUUUCAAUAAAAUACAUAAGCCAAACUGAAAUCUGUAAAAUAGUAAAAUUGAUGUUUUUGUUGUUGUAUUGUAUGCAAAGCGUUUCAGAAUUCUGUUCCAAAAGGUUUUUAUAGUUUGCCUCAUUUCCGGUGUUAAGCUGUGUAUCUGUCAGUCUGCUUUGUCGCCUUGUAAAUGGGACAGAAAGUGUCACAAAGGCAGUUAUUGAUUAUUGAUUGUAACUCCAUCUGUAUCAGCAAUGACAAAAUAAACAAGGGAAGACACCACUGCA